UUUCAUCAUCAUCGCAUUGUGUCCCGUUCACGUUCACGACUCGUUUUAAAUCAAAGAAAAAAAAUCAAACCGGAAACUUAGAUUGGCCUAAAAUCAUCGUCAAUUAUUCAUGAUAUAAAGAAUUAUGGCCGAGUGUAAUGUAGCAUUUUCAUUCCCCCCAAUAAGAGAUGGAAGAAUUUGUAAAUAUUCGUAUGCGACUUGGUGUCCAACGUGUGAUCGAGAUUCGCCGCGGAGAAGAACUAAAAGUGAAACGAACGAAUUUUGCCGUCGAAAAGGUAAAGAUAUGAAAACGUUCACUCCAAAAAAGCAUUCAAGAUGCCACCGCGAUAACGAAACUUUCCAAGAUUGUUGUCAAUUAAAAUAUGAUCGUUUCAAUUUAACCAUGGAUUGUUGUCAACCUUACGAUUGGCAAGGAUAUGAAAACUGUCAAAUUUUUGAUGAUUGUCAUCGUUUUGAUACAGCGUGCGAUAGAUUUGAGGGUUCGUGUCAAAACGCGCGUAAAACGCGCGCGAACUCUUUCGCGACUCCAAACGUCGAACCGUUUGAAUUACCAACAACUUACAUCGACGGUUACAACGCGAAUAUGUCCAACCCACCAAGAUAUAGUCGGGUUCCAUCUCGCAGUAGCACCCCUGACAAUCUCCAUUCAUUAUCCGCGACAGAAAAAAGAAUUCGCGACAUAAAGAUGCAAGUAUUAAAAGCGCAAGAAAAAACAAUAUCACCUUCAUCCGAUCAUCACCCCCCUCAAAUUAGUUCAAUCUACAUGAACGCAAAAUCAAUCGGAUUUAGCCCCCAAGAGCAACAAAAAAACCCGUCGCGACCGGAAACUUGUACUUUCUUCGAUAAACGAACUUACGACGUGAACUUGAUUAGGGAACGAUACCACCGCGAAGUUGAAGCUUUAAAAAUAAAAUUACAGGAGAUACAAAAAACUAGAAUGCUCGCGGCGCAACUUAAAAAGCAAUUUUGUGAUAAAGAAAUAAUAGAGGUUAAAAACAUCGAAAAAGAGAACACCGUUGAAAUCGUAAAGCCGAUUAAAUACGAAAUGAAAGAUAAAAUAAAACAUUUCGAGCACAACGGAGCCGUUCCAAAAAAAAUUGCUGUUCGUCGCGUUAAAUCGGAUAAAUUAAAAUCGGAUAAAGCGAAAAUUCUUUUGAAAACGCAUUCAAAACCGAUCGGAACUAAACUUUGGCGUCCAAUUUCCUCAAAAACCAAAGUGGUUAACGAAGAAACUUGCGAAUCAUCUUCGAGUGAUGACGAAUCCGUUAAAAACGAUGAAAACAAUAUGAGAAUUGUUGAGGAAGUUAUUAAAAUCGACGAACCGGUGAAGAACUUGGAUAAUAUUGAGAGUUCUAUGUUGAUUGGGCCUCGUCCGAUUUGUUCUGAUAGUGGUAAUUGGCCGCUACGAGAGAGCUUAUUUCCUCAUGUUCCACCGUAUAUUAAUUUUAAUACUUACGAUGCCACUCAACCGUUUAUUAUUCCGACGGGGAAGAGAAUUUUGAAAUGGAAAUUGAGCACGAUCACCCCCGUUUUGAUUCGAAAAACUUUAACCAACACUGGUUUCGUCCUUGUAAGAAGUGAGUUUAGUCGAGAAUCAAACGAUUGGUUGGGUUGUUGGGGAAAACACAUGAGAUCGCCGCAAUUUCAAACGUUAAAAGAAACGCAAAAGCUUAAUCAUUUUCCCGGAACGUUCCAAAUUGGCAGAAAAGACCGCUUGUGGCGGAACCUCCAACGAUUGAUGUAUAUACACGGAUACAAAGAGUUCGAAUUCAUGCCGCAAUCAUUUGUGAUCCCACAAGACUUACGAAUGUUGAAACAAUGUUGGGAGGAAAAAAGCGGAAUCGGAAAUGAAAUAUUUAUCAUCAAACCGCCUGCUUCCGCAAGAGGUACCGGAAUUAAAGUGAUAAACAAAUGGUCCCAAUUACCUAAAAAACAAUCCCUCGUCGUUCAACGCUACAUUUCAAACCCUUACCUAAUCAAUGGCAGCAAAUUUGAUCUCCGUUUAUACGUUUUAGUAACAAGUUUCAACCCGUUACGAAUUUAUCUUUACCCAGAAGGUUUAGCAAGAUUCGCAAGUGCCAAAUAUAGUCAUAGAGUCGAAGACUUACAAGAUCGUUAUAAACACCUAACAAAUUACAGCAUUAACAAAUAUUCAAGUGAGUACACAGCAAAUGAAGACGCGUUUUCAUGUCAAGGACACAAAUGGACCUUAUCGAAACUGUGGGAGUUUAUGGAAAAGGACGGAGUCGACACAAAAGUUUUAUGGAAAAAAAUGGAAGAUUUAGUUAUUAAAACGAUGAUUUGUGGUGAAUCUCCAAUCACCCAACUUGCCAAGGAGUACAUGAAUAAUCGUUAUAAUUGUUACGAACUAUUUGGUGUUGAUAUUUUAUUAGACGACAAAUUAAAGUGUUGGUUAUUAGAGGUUAACAUUUCGCCGAGUCUUCACAGCGCUUCCCCUUUGGACGCUUACGUAAAAGGACCGUUGGUUAAAGCGUUAUUAGAUUUGGCCCAAUUUCAUUUACCACCGAAAGUGAAUAGAUUCCCAGUUGACCCGAACAAACCGAUCGGUUGUUUCGAACCGAAAUUAUACUCGUGGUCGCUUACAAAACGUGAAAUCCAAAAACAUAACUUUUAUGUCCAAUGUGAAGAUAGAGAGUAUCUUAGAACGAUUUUGGAUACGUUAACCGGGGAUGACGUGCGAUUAUUAAUACAAGCUGAGGAUGAAUUGACGGUGAAAGGGUCGUUCGAUAGGAUUUUUCCAACGUCGAAAACACAUUGUUAUUUCAAAUUUAUGGAGCCGAGAUAUUAUAAUCGAUUAUUCGAUGCUUGGGAAUCUAAGUACGAGAGUAAAAGGGGAAAAGGAAUUGCGGUUUUAAAGAGGCUAUGUUCGCAAAAAAUCCAUUUGAAAGUCGGUUCUCAAUGUAAUGUGUCAAAGGACUCGCAGAGUUCGACCCCUGCUCCUCUGUCCAACAAGAAGACGGAAGAGAGUAUUGUGAAACCUAUAGUGUCUGAUGUGAUUCAACCGCUCAUCGCAACAACAUCCUAGAAAUGUUUUUAAAUGCCAUUUUUUUUAUACUGUUUAUUUCAGGAAGAGGAAUUAAGAAGAGACUUUUGAAAAGAUAUUAAAAAAGGCUCAAAGAAACGCUCGCAGAGCAAUUCACUGCCAACUCCACAUUUACAAUCGUUAUGUAUUCCCGUAUACUUCCUUAUUUAUUGUAUCCUUUCUUUUUUAUUUUUGUAAGUACAAUAAAUUUUGUUAAAAUGUUUUAAAAAAAAA